AUGAGGUUGUAGUCAAGAACUAACUAGUUAUGUCUGGACAACAGGCAGGUCUGGCGCCUGCCCAUGCAGUAGGUCUGGCACCCGUGAGCUUCACUCACGGAUGCAGAAUCGCUGAGUCUGCGUAGAGUUCCCAGAACAGGCCACCUGCACAUACCGUGCGUGGGAACGCAAGCCGAGCGGCCAGUCCACACAUCGACUCGCUAGUAAUAAGUCUAGUACUAAGUUAAUAUUAAGCUUCAAUUGUGGAAGCACUAUUUUUUAUUAAAGCCUCUAUAGAAGAAAGCUCUUUAAUUAACAUCACGCUCCUCCAAAUUUGACUGGCGCAGCCGGUGCAGAUUUUCGUAAACGCCGUGCAGUGUCCCAAAAUCGACGCUUGCGCGAGGCCGGCGAAAGUCUGACGAACCAAAAAAAAUACGUCAAAGAAGAGAGAAGACUAGAAACCUGCUUAACGGGGAGGAUGACGGCGUAUAAGGGGUUCGCCCUUCUGCUCAUUCAAGCCAUCACGAUCCAGGGCCUAAUCCAGAGGAUCGAGCAUAACCCCGGUAUUCUACCUGUAAAAGAAGGUCAAGCGUAUAUUACAUAUGACAAUUGGACAUAUAUUAAGAUUUUAGAUUUAGGUUUACUGAAGGAAGAUUUAGAUUAUAAUGUUAGGAUGUAUGAGCACUUGAAUAUAAAUUUAUUAAAAUACUUUGGUAAUGAAACACACUUUAGUGAUAUAAGUAAUGUUAAAACGCAAACUGAUCAUUUUUUGAAUAUUACUGUAGAAAAAUGUAGACAGCUAAUUCCAAUAAGUAGAACUAAACGCGGCAUUCUAAAUCCAUUAGGUUCACUAAUCAAAAUUAUUACUGGGAAUUUAGAUAAUAGCGAUGCUAUGAGGUAUGAUGAGUUAAUAACUACUUUUAAAACGCGACAGGAAAGGUUAUCAAGAAAAAUGACUAUAGUUUCUGAGAUGGUAGAGUCCUUCGUAAAUAUGACGGGAAUUUCAAAGAAUAAUUUAAUUCAGCUAGAUAAAGAAAUUUCUGACAUUAAACUAUGGAUUGAUAAUACAAAACGAGUUUUAAGCAGUACUAGAUUAAUUCAUACUUUUCACUUAUUCUUGCAUAACUUUCAAACGAUCUAUAUUAAAAUAGACGAAAUUGAAACGGCUAUAGCAUUUAGUAAGUUGAAAACCUUACACCAGUCAGUAAUCAAUACAGACGAAUUAUAUAAUUUGUUAUCUGAUAUUGCAAAAACUGACCAGCUUGUAUAUCCUGUAAAUUUAGAGAACCUCUUAAAAAUUGAGCAAUCUAUUGAACUAAAAGCAUAUUCAAAGAACAAUCAGGUAACGUUUAUUUUAGAUAUUCCUCUUGUAAAAAAAUACUUAUUUAACUAUUUUCGAAUGAUACCUCUACCUGUCACCAAUCCAUUUAACCAAACCUCUCUUAUAAUACCCAAAGCUCCUUACCUAUUAGUGAAAGGUUCGAAAACCGUACCGCUCAGCAAACCCUGCAAAGAAAUUGAGAAAUUCGCAUUCUUAUGCCACGAUAUAGACACGGAAUCUGUAAUAAAAGAUACCUGCCUAGAAGAGCUGAUGUUACUUUCACAAAAUACCAGCUCGUGUGAUCCAGUCCUGGUGGAGACAUCUGGAGUAAAAGUAGAAUCAAUUCAAUAUAACCAAUGGAUUAUAUAUAGCAAAUUCGAAACACUUCUCCUGAAAAUCUGUAGUACGGAAGAAACCCGUGAACGCAUAAAAGGGACCUACAUACUUACCAUAGAUGAAAACUGCAGUUUUAAAAUAAAUGGAUUGACACUGAAAAGACAUGAAACAGUAGGCAGACCGGUGAACUAUUCAAGAAUCCCAACUAUGCACUUUCCUACAAUACUUAAAGCAGAUGAACUACCCAAAAGGAAACUUAUGAAUCUGGAUGGCGUUAAUCUUCAACAUCUCCAGCAAUUAGCUUACCGUCUAGAACAAAGUGACAGUGAAGUGUUUGCCCAAAGUGAAACGUCAUAUAGCGGUAUAAACGUAAAAAGUAUUAGUGUCGGAACACUCCUUUUGUAUGUUAUUUUAGCAAUAUGCUUAUGUAUCAUGUUACUUUAUAAGUUCCCCCCUUUACGUCUUUUUCGUCAAAUUCCGCAUUCCGCUGAAUUUGAACUAAAGGAGGGAGGAGUUAUGUCUGGACAACAGGCAGGUCUGGCGCCUGCCCAUGCAGUAGGUCUGGCACCCGUGAGCUUCACUCACGGAUGCAGAAUCGCUGAGUCUGCGUAGAGUUCCCAGAACAGGCCACCUGCACAUACCGUGCGUGGGAACGCAAGCCGAGCGGCCAGUCCACACAUCGACUCGCUAGUAAUAAGUCUAGUACUAAGUUAAUAUUAAGCUUCAAUUGUGGAAGCACUAUUUUUUAUUAAAGCCUCUAUAGAAGAAAGCUCUUUAAUUAACAUCACGCUCCUCCAAAUUUGACUAACUCGUAAAGAAAAACAAAAGAGUUUCCAUCCGAGAGAGUUUUGGCCACUACAACAUAGUUUAUAACUUUCGUGGGAUCAUCAUUUUCAUUCAUUCUCAUCAUUUUGUUUACCUAUCCAGUAUUUAAAUUGCUCUAAAUAUUUUUUUUUUAAAUAUUGAACUUUUUUAGUUAAAUUUUCAUUCUGAAAUGAGGUUUAUCUAGUUAUCGCAAGGCUUAUGUUCCACAAACAUUGUAUAGAUCACUCAAAACAUCCUACCAGCUAUCAUCUUGAUAAAAGAUAGGUAUUCAUUGUGGUUUAAUCCCUUGAUCAUCACAGCGCUUUGUUGCAAACUCUUUGUUAUUUCUAGUGAAAGAGACGCAGAUUUUUGUAUUGUUUUGUUAAGAAUAUUAGGUUAUCUUUUGUUUUCGCGGACAUUCAUGAAGAUAAGCAUUGUUGGUACAUCUAAUGCACGCACAAGGAUAGGGUUACUUUGAGUGCUUAAGUGUUUUCUUUACAUUAUACCUAUAAGUCACGAGUUACUUCAGGCAAUUGAAUCGUGACUUCUGAAGAUUUCAAUAAUUAUAAACGCUCAUAUAAAGCCAAUGCCAAUGACGUAAAUGUAAGAAUCAGUAAGAUUAAGUGUAACGGUAGUAUUUAUUCUGUCAAAUUAUUUAGUGUAAUAAUCAGGCUAUGUUCAGAUGGCCAAAAACUAUUUAUUUAUUUAUUUAUAUGAAAUAUACCCAGAGACACAUUACAGUUUCCCAAUUCGUUUACGGAGCAAAUAAAUAAUUAAUUACAACAAUAAAUUUUAAAUUACAAAACGAAUAUUAAACAAGCAAAUUAAAUUAAAAAUAGCCAAUUCAAAUUCAAACAAAUUAAAAUUAAAUAAUUUAAAUGAAUCAAAAUUUAACAAUUCUAAUAAAUUAAAAUUUGAAUAUAUCGAAUCGAACAUACCCGACUCACUUCUCGUGUUGUUAUCGCUUGGUAAUGCUAAUAAUUUUAAUCAGUUAAAUUGUUUGCAAUGGGAAAUUAUAUUAAGAUAAUAUUGUAUAGGACAGAGAAAUCUUAAACUCAAAUUAAAUCUCCCACGCGGUAUUUAAAUGUUAAAAAGUUUCUUCAUAUCCAGAUCCACUCAUCUAGUGACUUAUUUUGACCUUUACAGGCAUCUCUUCUCACGAAAAAGUUCACUUCACAAAAAAGCUAACAAUAUGUAUUUAAUAACGUGAAUAGCCGCUUCCGUCCGUCGCCAUUGAACUUUGUUACCAAAUAAUUGAACGAUAUUAAGUCGUGAGAGUAAAACUGCCCUCGACAACGACAGCAAUGAGCACACAUGUCCGCCACAAAUGGGUCAUCGUCGCGACGUUUUAUUAUUUGUAUUAAUCAAUAGGAUCUCGGAAAACGAACCGACAUUCCAUUUAAAUGACAUCAAGUUCAUCAAGACACCAGUUAUUAAUUUUUGACGGCAUUUGCGUAAUACAUUAAUUAUUUCUAAUUAUCCUGAUCAUCACCAUUAUCAGUCUAUUUUAAUGGCCCACUGAGCCCUUCGCCCUUACUCCAACACAGAUUGGCGUAUGCUUGAUUCUGUAGCGAUCACUACCAGAUUUUAAUAAUAUCAUCAUCAAUGACCGGGCCGACUGUAAAAUACUCUUACACCGUACUGACACACCAUCGACUUCCAAAUCCGGGUUGAGAUUUUAACUAAUAUCUUGGCAGAAUAAAUAGCUCAAUAUUUCUGCCCUGGCGAUUUCGAAGGACUCGAAAACAGGUCCUCAUUCAAAGCUACAUAAGCUAACCACUAGACCAACUGGACAGUUACUUAUAGUUUUGCUAAUCAGUAGUCCAUUCUUCAGAUACAUUCUGGGAUAAUUCAAGGUCACGGCCGUAAGUCAAUGAUAGCGGCACUUAAAUCUGCCUUACCACAUGGUCCACAUGGCCUCUCUAGAGCCACUUGAAAUUAUACAAAUAUCACGAUAAAAUAAACGGGUUCUUGCUUCGUAAAGUUAAAACAGAAUGUUAAUUUAGUUUUAUCAUAGUUCCAACAGACACCGUCGACUAUGUCUGCGUUUAAAAUACUGAAAUCUUUUAUAAUCUCUUUCUCUUUUGCUUAGUUUUCAUUAAUAUUAACAAUGUGAUGUGCAUAGUUUUACAUAAAGGUCUCUGUAUUAUAAAACACAAAGACUAAGUUCAUUAAGUUUAUGUUUAACUCUUCAUGGAGAACGAGUUUUUAAUUGAAAACCUAUUAAUGAUUCACAAUUAAUAUACAAAUUAAUAUCACCACUGAAUGAUUAUGGUAAUGGUUAGAUUAUGUAUACUUGAAGCUUGUUUAAUUUUCACCUGUCGUUUGGCAUUCGGAACUGUGUCUACUUUUCUAUGUUUCUCAGUAUGUAGUUAAUGACUAGAUACACCUGCCACUAAUGGUAGUCUAUCUUUUAAAUUAACUGGCUUGUAAUUUUUAUCAACAUGGUCAGUCGCACCUUUAUGAUAAUUUUGAAUAUAACCACAAAGAAUAUGACAUUUUGAUAAAUAGAAUAAUACAUACAAUAAUUUAGCAAAAUGCCUACAGUAAGUAAGUGGAUUGAUGCUUAAAAAUUUAAUUCUACAUACCUAUCAAACGACAUGAGGCAUUUCCAUAUUGCGUUCCAUUAUGAACUUGAAAUGGAAUAUGGAGUUGGUACUUAUCGAAAUACGUUCAUAUACAUCGAAAGCACGUCGGUAUACAAUAUUAGCAGCGGAUUACAUUACCGGCUGAAAGUCAAUGGCGUUGUUUGAAUUUGUGGGGGCGAUGGCCGAGGCCUGUGCAUGUGUACCACGCGCCACCGCUCCCAUACCAACUGUCUCAUUAGCUCCCUCCGCAAAUAUUUUUACUCUUGUUGCGUCUGCUUAGUGCUUAGCCCUCGUCGGGACUUUAUGUACGGAACAAUUGUGUUGUCCUUACUUUUUAUUGACUGUAAACUUACCACUAGUAUCAUUGUAACAUGACCAUUUAUCAGAAGAUUGUCUACUAAGCAAAUAUUUGAUUGCAAUAUUAUCCAUUUACAUUAUUGCAUUAUGCAUUAAUGAAGUUUGUAGUUGUAUGAGUCAUUAAUUUAAAUCAUUAUUAUUCUAUAGUCACAUCUAAUAAUGAGCAUUGUCAAUAUUAUUUCCACGUUCUUUUUCUCCAUUGUUGGAAUACGGUAUUUAUUUUAGUUAAUUGCCCGUUGUAUGUUUAAUACUCCACAAAGUCCAUAAAUAACUCUUAAUGAGCUCUCCUAUGACCCAAUUCAAAGUACGACGCCGGUGCUCAUUAAGAUGUUUUUUGUGGGAGAAAUUUUUAAUUACUAUCGAUGUCAGUAUGCACAUUCGUGCUAACUUCGUAUAUCCUGGUCAUGAACUUGAACUGGAUUUAUCAGGCUGAGUCGUAAUAGUAAUACCACAGUAAAUUUGGGUUACCUCGAUUUUAGAUCAAUGUAAAUAUAGGUUAUUUUAGAAUAACUUCGUUUGAGGUCAUUGUAUAUUCCGAUGUGUUGAAGAUGUACGCAAAACAUUAGCGCUGUCAGUCUAUUUGCUUCAUUAUUAUCAAACACUAAGUGCGGUCUGUUACGUUCUUCCUGUUGGCUGAUAGCCAGUUCUACAAUAUGAACUUACUUACACUUAGCCGUUGUAUGAUGAGAAAAUAUCUCAGCCCUCGCUCAUUGACCGCGGACCGGAAGUGUGCACCCAUUGUUGGUUGUUGGUGUUUUUGUCGUUCAACGUGUUGCAUUUGCUGUCAUUUCAUAUGCACAUAUCUUUAUUUUCCAUGCACUAAUUCUAAGAACGACUCGGCGCCCUCAUUGUACUGCUCGAAUGUAUUUGCAUAAGAAUUUAUUUUUAAUCCUUUAAAGAGUGGCUUUUACCUUAACAAGUGGCCUGUACUUUGCAAUAGUAAAAGAACAAAUUAGAAAUAUUGUAUGUAUGCAACAUGACAACAAUAAGGUAGAGUUUAUAAAUGGGAACAGUGGUUUUUGCCUUUGAAUUCCUAUUCGAUUCGCAGUAUUGGAUAUAUGACGCUGAGAAAUAACGUUAUGUUUAGCUUGCAAUAACAUGUGUGACAAUAUCGCGUGCCAUGAGAAUGCCGGGGGUCAAGAAUGCGGUGAUAGGAACCGAUUGCCAGAUUCAAUCGUCUGUUUAAUUAACACAAUAGAUGCAAUAUAUGUCAGAACAGCACUUGUGUGAGUGUUUAUAGUUUUAUAAAUGUAUUUUUAAAAAAUAAUUAUUUUAUUUCAUUUUAAGUGAUGAACGCUUUUAGUAGAAAUCUAACUUCAGAAAUUGUAAACGAAACUUUUUUACGCCCAAAAAUUAUUAUCCAUUGUUUGUUUUGUAAGGAGUAAACUGUUCAACCAUUUAAAUUGAGGUUGGUUUAGUUUUAAUGCCAUAUAAUUAUGGUGUCAUAUCGUUGUAUCUUCGAGAGUGAUAAUGUACCUUCAGAUCCCUAGAUCUGCAAUGCGGCAUAAACUAUAGCUAGUCGUCGUGUAGCAGUUCUAAUCCAUCGAUCAUAAGUUUUAAUUGCUACAGGAAAUGUACAGCGGAAUAUCUCUUCGGCAUUUGAUUUGAUGGUACAAUAAUUCUCCACAAUAUUCUGAAAGCGUAAAAUGCGGUGACGGAAUACAGAUAUCGAAAGAAUACAGUCUGCCAGACUUGCGUCAUAUUGCAAGAGAGAGCUUGGUACUAAAUGUGAUAUAGAAGCGAGGAUUUCUGACUACAAUGACAAAUAGGUUUCUUUUAAAAGCUUUCGGGGACAAAGUGGUUGGAGCGAGUAACAACUAAACGUGACUUUCACAUGAUGUUGGAAGGAUUUCCAUAGAACUAUUAAUAUCCGAAAACUUUUAUUAUGAACUCUAAAAUAUAAAUGGUUUGUUGAAACUAAGACAGCUGUGAAACUAAGUUUAAUAGGAUGUUUAUCUUAAGAAUAUUUCUAAAUAAUAUUAAAUAUAUGUCAGUAAUUUCAGGACAAGGAAGUGUUUAAAUAGAUUAUUAUUUAUAAUGCAAAGAAUAUACUGAGAAUAGGAAUGCUGUUAGCAAACAACUAGGCAUCUCUGUGUCAAUUUGUACAAGAGAUUCAUUUUAUCUAUAUUUAUAAUUGUGUCCAUAGACAUUUUGUUUGUAGAGAUAUUAGUUUAAAUGUAGUAGUUUUCAUUUAAAUAUAAUUGUAAACAAAUCUUACAUAAUAAAACAAUUAUAUUUUUCUUCCAAGAAUACAAUUAUAAUUUCGUAUUUUAUUAGUGUUUAAAUUAUGCUUAUUUCUGCUUGUAAGCUUGGAAGCUUUUAUGAUUAUACUAGAACAUAUAGUGCGUUGAGAUAAUAAAAGUGCAAAUCUUUUAUGAUUUUAUUAUACAAUUUACUAUUUAUUGUAGCAGUGUGAUGCUUUCUACUUUUCUAGGUCACCUUAUAUUCUCUACAUGAUGUUUUAGAAAAAAUAAUAUUCAUUUUACAAACAACAUCUGCAGAUAUAAGAUAAACAAUAUUUUCUCAGAUGCAAUUAGUGGUUUAUUUUUAACGGACCACCCCUGAAAAUAGAAGUGCGCACGUUAUAAUUUUCCGUAUCUACAUAUCUGAUUGUUAUAUUUUAUUUCAUUUUGCACUUUGCGUUAUCAUUUUUAACAGAAAUGGUUUUAAAUGUGUGCAUAUUCAUUAGCUAAUGUAGUCUACAACUUGAUAGGUGAUGUGACUGUCUUAUCUUUUUUGUUUAUAUUUGUAAAACAGCUAAUGUAAUUAUGUUAUAUUCUUACCUAAUCACUGUAAAAAUUUCUGUCAGUUAGCUUUAAAUUCUAUAAUUACUGUUAAAAAAACCUAAUGUAGUACACAAGUUGAUAUGUGAUGACUUUAUUAUCUCGUUUGUAUAUAUUUGCAAAGCUAAUGUACUUAAUAAUGUGAUAUUCUUACUUAAGCAUUGUGAAAUUAUCUCCCAGUUAGCUUUGUAAUCUUUGAUUACUGUUUAAUGUAUAUCUACAUAGCUUAUUUCUAGUCCCAUCAACUUUUUUACCAAGACCCUAUCACUCGUCAGUGAAUCAUCUUCUUAUUUAGAACAUGCAGGAAACGGCCUGGACAAAAACAACUAACGAUACCUUAAGUUGCUGGACGUUUAUCCCAACUACUGGUUCCGAUGCUCUUAUGUAUGCCAGAUUCAAGUAUUCCUUUUAUAUUAAAAAUAGAUGUAGGCGUUCUUUAGGAGUUGUGUUUUUUGUAUUGUUUUUAUUUUUAACUAUGAACAUAAUGUGCCUUUCAAAUAAUACAUAAAUAGUUUAAUACGUUUUGCAAUAACAGUGCAAAAUGAAAAUUAAGUCCUGACUACCUAUUCCGGUCCAAUUUUACUAGCACGUUCAAAUAGGCUUUUGAUUUAUUUAAAAUUGUAUAAAUUACUAUAGAUUCAAAAACAUCAACCAAAUUCAUUCCGUUCUCGGUGUUGAAGAACUAAUUUACUGCUGACGUUGUUAUUAUUGAAUGAGUAGUUUUUCUCGGAAUUACACGCGAAGGUCAUAUUAUUGUUUGUCAUAAGACGAGUUAAUAUGAAUGAGCAAAUUCUUGCUUCAUUACUUCAUCAUAUAGAAUAUCAAUAUCUGUUAACUAUGCUGUUUAAGAAUUGGCACGUAUUUGUUUGGAAAUAUUUUUAUUACUUCUUUAGAUGUUAGUGAUGCCUCGUGUUAUAAACUUUAAUAGUUUGCAACUCUUUAUUAUAUUAGGAGAAUAUUAUUGUUCGUCCGAAAUGUGAUCUUGAGAAAAGAUUAAAUUAGGCAGUAGUUAGCUAAGAGAGUUUAGAAUAAUUUAAGCUGAUCGAAUCAGAAUUUCUUGGCGCCGGCGAAUGUCCGAUAAGACGUGAACUCGUUUCUGAUUGUAAUUUUUUUGGUCACAUUGCUGACGUUCAAGUAAGGUCGAAAAUUAAUUGAUUACUCACAGUAACUAUCUGUGCCUUGCAUCUUGCAUUAGUUUUUAGAUGAACUGGAAAUUUCGACUUAUAUAUAAUUGAAUUGCGAAGCUAAAAUUGACAUAUCCACCGACUUUGAAACAUCAUGACACUCAAUUGACGCUACCCAAAAAGUGCAGUAUUGAUAGGCCUAGUCUAGAUUAAGUUAGCAGACUGUAAUAGUCAAGUUGUGUAUCUUGUUUUAGUACUAGAGAGUCAACUAUACAAAAAAGUGACAGGAAACUGGACCUAGUUCAAUGGUCGAGACAUGACUGACUAGAUGUUUAUGAUAAUGAUGAUGACGACAUUUAAAUGUCACGGAUUUACAGUCCAAAUGGAUUUUCAUAACGGCAAUUUUUUUCUUAUAUUAUUUCUUUGAUUAUCUAAGAGCAUCAUUACCUAGAAUAUCCGGAUGUGUCAUUCUUGUUUGAGUAAAGUGUACUUGUUAGAGUAAGUUUGUAUUAGUUAUUACAGAUGUACUUGUAAUAUUGAGAAACUUCUUGCGAAGUUCUUGAUUAAGCUGAUAAAAUUGUCGUCCACUACUGGUAACAAUGUCUCGGAUUUUCAUGUCGGUAGAUACAAUUGGAUAUUUAUAAUUAAAACAUAAUUACUUUCGGCGGUAAAAACGUAAUAACUUUUGAUAAUCUUGAGUUUUCGUAAUUUGUUUGAUUGUUAUCAAAAAAGUCUUCUCAGUAAGCGAAAGACGUUUCUGUUUUAUUGUCAGGGUUAUUUACGAAUAAAAAAGUAUUCUUCAUUACAAUAUUGUAUUAUAUUUUUAAAUCUGCAAGUUGAUUGUGUUGAAAGUAUGUAGGUCCAAAAUCUGACCCAUGCUAUACUUCUUAUCAAAAAAAAUAAAGAUUAGACUUUACCUUAAAUGAUCAGUCGAUAGGCUGAACAUAGGCCUCUUGUAUGAACCUCCAAGCACAACGGUCUCGAGCCGCCAUUAUUAUUAGGUUAAUAGAGUAAAGUUAGUAAACAGACGGGCUAGCAGUUCUGCGCUAUUUGUUGAUUUGUCUUCACGAGAUAAUGUCGUGGGUCUCAUGUUAGGCAUACUGGAGCUGUAAUGACAGUAGUCUUUGUAAAUACUUGAACCCGCUCUAAUGUGGCUUGGAAUAAUAAACAGUUCUAGUGAAAAAUAUUUUUAUCCAUACCCUUGUCGGCAAUGUUAUUAGACAGGUUAUACAGGUAGCAGGUACGGUAGUUAGGUGCUUGUAACGUGUCCGUCAUUGUAUUUUCACACGUAAGAAGGAGAAGGCUUUGAAUAUUUAUCACUAUUGUGUAAUUAUGCACUCAAAAUACAAUAUUAUUUCGUUUAUUUUCUGUUAUGCGCUAAUGUUAUGAAGUUACGAAUCUGGAUAGAGUUUAUACCCUCUGUUAUCGAACAUUUAAUGAAUCUACACUAAUAUUAUACAGCUGAAGAGUUUGUUUGUUUGGUUGAAAGCGCUAAUCUCAGGAACUACUUUCUCUCAGUGUUAGAUAGCCCAUUUAUCGAGGAAGGCUAUAUUUUAUCCCCGUAUUCCUGCGAGAAUAUUAUUUUCUUCUUUUUUUAUUUUACUUUAAAAGCUCUGUUACUUUAAAGUAUCCAAUUCUACAUUGAAUUAUAAUGACUUGAAUGUAAAUUGCCGAAAUUAUACGGUUUCGUAUCGGAUAAGGAACUCUUACAACUCGCAUCAUGUUUGAACAUUGCUCCAGCUUAAUUUUUUUUUAACGCGACAUCUGUCUAUUUAUCAAUUUAUUUUAUCUUAAUGUUCAUUAAAUCUAAAGAUUUUAUGCCAAUUGUUAUUUGAAUACUAUGCAGAGUUUUAUUGAAUCACUUUUUUAUCCUCCCACAUUUACUAUUUACAUUUACUAUAAUGAUAUUAAAGAUAUUUUUUAUAAUGAUAUACUAAUAUUUGUGUAUUGCAUAAUUUUAACAAUCGCUUGAUGUUAAUUUCGCUGUUUUUGUUUCCAACUCCGUAUUGUUGCCAAAUUGAUGCAAUUUCCGUAGAUUAGAUUGCAACAGAAAGUUCAUUAUCGUAUAUUCAACUUGCUUCAUUGUCUCGUAUUUCAGAUGCAUUGUCCGUUAUUUCAGAGGCUUGAGAUUUUAAAACUUGAAAUUUUUGCUUAUCUCCUUUCACUGUGCAAACUUGCAUAACGAUUGUGCUUGUUCUUGGCCUCAAUGUUAGACACUUUUAAUACAUUUGCAUCAAAGAAUAUGAAUGAUCAACAAAGAAUGGAAGAUAAUAAUAUGCUGUAUUGAUAUCACUUUCGCCUAACUAUUGAGUAAUCCGUUCUGUUAAAUAUAAACUAUUAAGGUAUACUCUAAUUUCUUAGCUAUAUUUCUUUUGAUAUGAAAAGUUUUAUUUCUAUUACUUUUGUUCUGGACCAUGCAUAUCGAUAAACAUUUGGGAAGUCUUGAAUUUGUUGGUAAAUAUCAUAGUUCAUCUAGAAAUGGUCGGCCAAAAUAAGAUUUGGCAGUUGGGCAGAAUACCGUUGGACCAUUUGCAAAUAUCAGUAGGACAAACUAAAGACUGUAAGAUCAGAAUUAAAAUUUUAGUUUCGAAUCUAAGAAGAAUUGCUGUAUCGAAUCCUGCACAUGAAAGGAGGAACACGACCCUAAUGAUAAUUUUGACGAGAUUAAUUAUUAUGAUCCGCUUACAAAUACCCGAAAACGGAGGCUUUAAACUAACACCACAUCGACCACGUAAUGUUUUUAUAUUUACAAAUUUUAUUUGAGAAGAAAGCAGCUUGUACUACUCGCUGUGUUUAGGUCGAUCACUAUAUUUACUGAUAUUUGAUACGUUCAUAAAUUGACACAGUUUUUGUAAACAAUAAUAUCGAUGAAUCUAAGUUUGUAUGUACUGUACUGACAAUAACAGUGUGAUUACGUAAACUAUCUUUUUAUCUUUGCAAGUAGUCAACGUUUGCAUAGCUUAUAUUCUUAUCAAUAACAAGUGAACUACGCUCGUUUUUACUGUAAGACUAGCCUUUGUCAAGUUUUUGUUACAUUUUUUGUCCGUCGAAGAUGCAGACCACUUGUCGCAGGUAGACGAUCACCGUAGAAAAAGUUUUGGGCGUGUUAAAAGUACACCAAUUUAAAUUGGUAAUCUUCUUCAGUGUUUCGUUUUUACUUAACUGAGUACUUUAACUGAACUACUACAACUUCGUUUUACUUAAGAAAGUGUUAAGUAUCUUGCGGCACGGCAGCCCUUUAAAAUUUCGUCACGGCUAAUUUAAUGUCACCUAAUAUUAAGCCACGUGACACAUGUUGAAUCAACUGUUAAAUCAAAUCACCGACUGACUUGAUUCGCACGCCACCAAAUUUGUGAUUGUUAUUAGUGGAAUUUAUAGUUGCUAAAAUUGAAUAGGGAACAAGUUUCAGAAUAUUUAGAAUAAUUGUGAUUGUCAACGAUGCGUAUUAAUAUUAUUAAUUUGUUACUCAUAAAGUUCAAUUAUGUACCUGAGUUUAAAUGAAGGGCUAUACGGAACGUAUGUGAUGACAAAACGUCUACGUCACUCAGUGACAGCUAAUUUGAAAUACAACGACUUUCUCCAACCGAAAAACCGUCACCAAGAAAUAAUCCGUUUUUACGAAAACCUACAGUAAUUAUUAUCACAUUGACUGUUUUUAAUUUAGCUCAAUAUGCAUUUGGAGCUGUUUGAACUACGUCUUCUACCACUUUGUUUGGUUUAGUCGUUUUAGCAUAGGAUGAAGAUAAUGAUAUAACGCAACACGUUCGUCCGUAAUUGAUACGUGAAAAUAAUAAUGAGAUUUUUAUUACGAUCGUAAAGGAAAAAGUGGCAUUAUUUCCAGGACGCCGUAUUAAUGUUAUGCAGACGUAUACAUCCGUCUUGGUGCUCACAGACCGCGUUAUGUUUGUACACGUGAAUACCGCUUGUUAUAAUAUCGAAUAGAGGCGGUGCAUCAAUUAACGACUUAAUAUCUUCUAGUCAGGAGUUUCGUCUGUUUUCCAAAUUGAUACAAAUAUUACCGUAGAGAUCUUGGUAUAAAUAUUACCAUUGAGAUCUUAGUAUAAAUAUUACCAUUGAGAUCUUGGUAUAAAUAUUACCAUUGAGAAUAUUAAGCUUACAUUCAAAUGACCCAGGUAUUGAAAAAAGUGGUGAACUUUAUAUUAGAUUUGCCAAGUAAAUCUGUUUCUUUCAACCACGAUGUAUGUAAGAAUAGAUCGUUAUCUUUACAUCAAAACACCUUCAUAUUAUAAACACGAGUCUCUGUAAUUCGACCUAAGAAAAUAACUAAAAAUAGUUAGUUUAGUUGGGUUAAAUAUAGUUUUUUUUUCGUGUUUAGAUCUACAUGAUUAAUGUACAGCAAGCCCCGGGUAUUACACGGGAAAGGUUAAUAAAAUAUCUUACAUGAAGUUAUUUUGUGUAGAGGGUCGAUAUCAUUAACCUUAUUAAUGUUUCUGAAAUUACUUUAGAUAAAGAAUAUUGGAAACCUGAAUGAACGAAUGAAAAACAGAUUUUAUAAAAUUUUGGACCAUAAUUAAAUUUCAUGUUGCAUGAAACACUUACAGGCUUUAGACAAAAUAAUAAAGCUAUACUAGAAGUAAAAAGAGAAGUUCAGUUCAGUUGCAAAUUAUGGUUUCCAGUCAGCUAUUAUCGAUUUUGAAAUCACAAGACAACCCCACACACAUCCGGCGUUAUACUAUUACAAAAGUAGGGAAAGUGAAUUAAUAGGGGAAAGUCUUGAAGGAUUCGCAAACUUGACCACUUUAGGCUGUGAUUUGGUUUUAAAUCAGUUGGUCAUCGCCAUCGUCAUUAAGAGUUGAUAAAAACUGUUAUUUGGUAUCAAUUUUAGAUUUUCUCAUUCCAUCUCAACUUCCAGGUUCCAGGAGAAGUAGUUAUAGAAAGUAUAAGUGAUGGUGAUGCUAUUUUUAUUGUACUAAAACAUGACCUGAAUUAAAUAACAACCUCUAAUGCUGUUAACCAAUAAAUGCACAAACGAUCCAAUUCGAAGAUCAAUUCGCAAAUAGUCCUAUGCUUGGACGUUGUCAUUGCAUGAUUGCUCUUAAUAUAGAUUUAUGAUCCGUUACGUCGAAACGGAGGGUUUGUAUAUUUAUACAAGUUUGUUGCUGGGAUGUGUUUAGUGUACCGUAGAGGAUUUCCCGAGAAUUCACCUUUUAUACCCGGUGAAUGAUCAUCAUUUACUGGGUGUGUAUGUACGGUUAAAAAAAUUUUAAUGAUAAUCUCUAAUGUCGACAAAGAGAAAAUAACUUCAAAUUUGAAAAUGGCGAUGGAAGUCUUAAUACUUUCUUUUACAUUUAGACAUUUACUUUCUAAAUGUUUUACGUAUAGGGCCAAUAUACACAAACUCAUUGUAAAUAAUAUUUUCUACGUGCUUAAAAUCAUCGAAUGAGGUAAAACAGAACUAUCAUCAUUUUCUUUAAAUAAGUCUAAUAUAAUAAGUUUGGUAAGAUGCGCAAAAAUGCGACAUCAUUUUACUUCAUAGUGAAUUAAAAUGAUGUCGUAUUUUUACGUUCUGUAGUCUGACAGUGCAUUUUCAAUGAUCUGAUAAUGCUUAUGUUUAAUGUUAAGUGCACUAAUGGAAGUGGUUGGCAAUUAUUGCUUUCACACUAGGAGAAUGUAGAAACGUUUUAUUACAUUAGAGAAAUUCAAUUGUCUUGUAGACAAUAAUUAUACUAAUUUUGUUAUAUGCGUGUGUUACGAGUAUUUCAUCAUAAGCAACGUUUACGCAAUAAUCUCGUGUUAAUGAUAUGGUUCAUCAGAUAACGGCUUUGAAACUGAUGAAAGUGUGACUGUGAAAGACUGUGAUGUAAUUUUCACGGGUUAAUGCUGUAUGAGGCAGUAAAAAUAUACGAUUAUGGCUUCAAUGUCUAAGGUGAAAUCUAAAGUUGCUAGAUUGAAUUUUAUACGGCGAUUUUUAGGAAUUAUGUAGAAUGUUAGUGGUUAAAUUCUUUUGUAUUAUUCAUCAAUAUUCUUAGGUACUUGUUUUUGUAUGUUUGUUUAUUAUUUUAGUGCUAAACUUUUGGCUUUUGUUAUAACUAUGCUCUUCGUUAGAUUUGAGUAUACAAUAUACAUAUUGCCUUCAUAGCUCUACGGUUAAUGGUCGGACUCAACACCGAGAUCAUGGGUUUGAUCCCCGCCCGUUCAGCGAUUAAUAAAAAUAUGGAUUAAAUUGUUUUAAAAGAAAAACCUCCGAUAUUUUUUCCGAAUUGUUGUAUGUAUAUUGUAUUUUUCAGUAUCAUUGGACAUGGGUUUGUUGACCGAUAGGUAUUAUAUGACUUUGGGUCUUUAGGCAAUGUAGAUAAUAUUUUAUUAAAGAUAGAAGUUUACGAUCCUCUAGAGUAAAAAAAUCGUUUUCAAUGUUACGCUUCGGGGUUUAUCCUUUACGAGUAUUACUUUUUUAGGCACAAUUUAUUAUACACGUUGAUACUUUAUUUCAGAGACUACAAAUUUAUCAAAAGCGUAGUAUUAAUUUUUAUCCAUACUUUGGUAUACAUCGACAUUUUUUCGUUCGUUAAUAACCAAGUAUGAAUCCGCUGAAAUGCUCAAAUCUAUUUAAACACUUUUUUUAAGGCGUAUGUCAUUACUGAGUGAUAAGUUAUUAUUAUCAACGAUUUCUUUGAGGACGAGACAUUUUUAAAUAACAUUGUAAAAUAAUAAUCUGUCACAUCGUUCUGGACUAUUUAUAGUGCAAGCAAUAGUCACAGAUUCGAGCUCACGUCUCCUAAACGUCUGCGGUAACAAACGUUAACGGUUGUGUGGUCUACUAUACAAAAAUAAAAAGUUUUAACGACGUUGACUUUAACUCCUAUGACAUACUAGCAGACUCCCGUGACUUCGUCCGCUUUUACACCCUUAAUUCGGCCCUUAAGCAAUAUCUAUUCUUAGCGGACGUCUUCUAACUAUAAACUACCUUCCUGCCAAAUUUCAUAUUUGUACGUCAAGCUAUCAAUUAAAAGUAGCAAGUAGUAUGUUAGAUGCAAUAAAGAAAAAAAUAACAAUCACAAAAAAAAACUCUGCUAAUAAUGAUGCCGGAAAAUCCGCUACACUCAAUACGUCUAGGUCUUCUGAUUGCACGACUGUCUGUAAAUUAAUAUCCGCGACGGUAUCGAUGUACGAAGCGCUAUCCCAUUUCUACACUUGUCAAUAAGUUUAUAACUAGAAUUUCUCCACAUCGCUUCGCAAUGUGCGUAACAGAUAUGAGAUUGAAUAAUAAGUCCGUCCCAAGUCGUGGCACGUAGUUUAUCCACGUAGAGCUUUUGAUUAUGGAACGCAUUUUACUAAACAGGAUCGAGAUACGCGACAGCGUAUCUACCAAAUUAGACCGAACGCCAGUCAGUAUAUCUAUAUAUAUAAAAAUGAAUUGCUGUUCGUUAGUCUCGCUAAACCUCGAGAACGGCUGAACGGAUUUAUCUCAUCUUGGUCUUGAAAUGUUCGUGGAGGUAUAGGGAAGGUUUAAAAGGUGAGAAAAAUUAGAAUAAUAGCUGGGAAAACCAUAAAAUCAACCCUUUUCUAUUUCCCAUAUAAACGUUUGAGUUUUAAGUAGGGGUAGGAGUAGGGUAGGGGUAAGGGUAGGGUAAUAUAGAGUAGGGAUAGGGAAGAAGUGCACGUAAGUCAAAGCGAAGCUUGACUGGGUCCGUAGUAGUAUUUUAUAUUUAAGAUGUCCCGAGUAUAUCUGAUAGUAACCAACAUUUAAAAAAGAAUUAUGUUAUGGCUCAAUUGUGUACAAUAUUUAUUGAUAAGACGUAUUGAACAUUGGAUGGAAAUAAAAUAUUUUUUUAGAAGGUAUGAUUCUUUACAUCAACAUAUUCAUAUUAGUGAAAGGUUCACAUUUCCGAUUAUGUCUUUUGACGGAACAUGUAAGCGAUUGUACUUUCAAAAGAGUUAUGUGAAGUUAUUAAACUUACUUAAUACAUUUAUUACCUAUUAAGAGUCUGAUUUAACAAUAUUUUUCUUGUUAUUUAAAUGUUGAACUAGUUCAUGUAUGCUGUGAUAUACAUAACCAAAUUAAGUAGUUACUCGUUUCUAAAAUUAACAUCGUACAGUUUACCAACAUUGAUUUUAUAAACCUACAUUGUGAUUAAUCAUUCUAAAACAUCUGUACAAUUAUAAAAAUUUUCUCCUCAAUAGGUUAAAAUUAUGUAUCUAGUUAUGUUGUGUUGUGACUUCCAUUUCAAGUAUUGAGAUUUCUAAGCGACAUAUUUUCAAGUUCGUAUAGGAAUCCAUUUAUACAGGCACCUGCUCGCAGCAAAAACUCGUCUAGACUGGCAUAAUAAACAUAUAACACUCCGUAGGCACAGUACUGUACCGCACCUGACGCACAGCAUCUGGUAAUUGUUGGCAACCCCCACCUACUUCGUAUUGUACAAUGGCAUCAAUUAUAUUUAAUAAUUGCUUACAAUUUCGUCUAUAGAAACGGUUUACCAUUAUGAAGCUGUUAUAAUUCAUUUGUAGGCUUGUAGCUGUUAUAAGUCGGGCUCCUUGGACCAUAUUCCGUAAUCAAACUUUUUUAGAUCUUUCAAAUUUUGAUGGCGGCAUUCAAUAGAUUCUUAGAAUAUAUCAAAUGUUCUAAGCACAAACUAUGGCUAUUACUGGUGUUGUAAAUUAUAAUUUAAAUCACUUUCUGAAUCUAUAGACCUAAACAUAAAAUUUUCUUCUUCAUCUUGUUCAUCAAAGAUUUUAUUCAUUUUGUCAAUUGUUUGAUAUUCCGCAAAAAUAAUUAAUGUUUAUAAAAUAAGACACUGAAAGUCAAGGUGAAACGACCUUUAUGUCAUUGAGAACUAGAAACUAAUGAAAGACUUUCAUUUGAGGUAUUCAAUGUUUCUCAUCGUUUACCUUUACAAGUAGACAUACAAGUAUUUAACACAGUCGAGUUUUUGCUGUUGAAGAAACUGAGUCAUGAGUAACAGUUGUAUCAAGUAAACAGAAAAUGGAUCCUAAAGAUUUUAAAAUCAUUUAAUAAUGAUAAACAUUAUGUAUUUCUUGGUCGUUUAAUACUUGUAUAAUCAUAAUGGGGUUCAUACCCUCAAAUUGUUGUCAUAAUUCUACGAAAUUCUACACCCUGCUCUAUUAAUACAUUAUACAUUUGUCAUAAAUAUCUACAUAGUCUAGACGAGGAAGACCGGUAUCGUGUCCCUUGGGGGAAUGGGUUGCCGACCGCAAAUUAUGUUAGACGUCGCUAGACCGUAACGUACGGUGCAUUGUGUGUUACAUUCUUCUAUCUCGUCAUCGUACUAAUUGUUUACUUUGUCAUACCUAUAUUAUAUUGGUAGGUACUAUAUCUUUUACCUAGUUACUCUAUUUAUUUUAUUGAUACAAAUGCUACUAUUGCUAGGUCGAUGAAGUUAUUUGGAGUAAUGACCAUUCCACUUUUAGUUAUUAGACCGUAGAGGUCAAAAGUUAACUUCUAACAUUGGGGUCGGAGUUGUUAGAUGUUAUUUCAAUCUAAUGUAGAGUAGGGUCUUCUUAUAAAUAGCUUUGAUUUGUAUCAGUAGAUAAAGGGAUAAUUAUUUAAAUACAUUCAGGGUCGAUUUCACCACCUUCUAAUAAGUGUCAGAUAGUUUAAAUGUGAGUUUUGUAACUUUUUUACUUGAAUCGAAUGUAAUGACAUCAACAAAACAUGUGAAUAAGCUAUCGAACACUUAUCAAAAGUUGGUAAAACCGGCCCUUAGCGCUAGUUUUGAUUGACUAAUAUACUAGGAAGUUCUCGUUAGUAAUAUUAUGCAUAGUGGUGAGUGCCUUUUGAUUUAGUUCGUCUCUAUCGUUAUUAUUUGCCUGUGCUCCACUUUCAAAUGCGCUACGAGACCAAUACAUAUAAUUGCCUUCGAUUUAUAUCAUUGGUUGUCAUUUCUCAUUGGAGUUCAGUAAUUAUAGACGGCGAUAAUUAUAUAAAUAUCUUCACUCUACCUCCCCCGCUCUCGCCUUAAUCAAAGGAAAUGUACAAUUAAAAUGCACGAAGUAAUUUAAAAGCUCGCAGGGUGAUGAAAAAUGAGCAUUAAAAUGGGUGCGCACUUCACUUGGCUAAGUGAAAUGCACGAGCGGAUUCUUGGUACACGUAUUGGAAUUCUUGGCAUAAAUGUGUUGUGUAAUUGAAUUCGCCAUCACCAUUUCAUAGGAAACCAUAGGAGCUCCAGUUGUGUAGUAUUCGUGUGUUCCGGGAGAUUACCAGAGGAUAAUCCUAUCGAGAUUUUCAAUUACUCAACUUACUUUCAAGGUUACUGAAUGUCCAUUGUGACCUUGAUGACAUAAAUGUUGACUCAAGCAAGAGGUUAUUUUAGGGAAUCGGUGUAAACAAUUGUUCCAUUUAUGAAGCGGAAGCUAGAAUUGUAUUAGUUGAAUUGUAUGCAUCUGACAUACCAUGUUACUUUAUAAUACUCGUAACUACUAAAGAAAAAUCAGGAAUGGUGAAUCUUGAAAAUUUAAAUCGUAUCUAUCCUCUUAUGCUAGUACAUGCAAAAAGGUUUUAUCCUUUUGUGGUUUCUCAUGAAUGGGGUUUCGUAAGGCAGGAAUUUCAAAGGAUGAAUUAUUCGUUCACGCCGGUUCGCUUUUCUCGGGCAGUGCUCGCCAUUAUUUUCAGCAACUUACUUUUUGUAGUAGCUUUAGGUACUGAAUGUAGAUUUCCUUUGUAUAUUCCAUUGUGGCUGACGUUCGAAUGAAAAGCUGAUUGUACGCUACCUAUAUACCUAUGUUUUUAUAUGUAAAAUGUAAUUUUAAAUCCAUAUCCAUUAUAGAUCAUUUAUGUCAUUUAAAUUAUUAUUUUUUUCAUUAAUUGUUUGAACCUGAAUUAAUGAUUGAAUGCAUUAUAAUAAACAUAAUUGAUCGAUUCUUUAACUGAAGUUAGUUUAUCAGAAUGAGAUCAAUAUUCGUCAAUUAUACUUGAGUUUGUUAUUUAAAAACACGCAUAAAAAUACGCUUAUUAUUUUUUUUAGACUUAAUACCGGUUGAAAAAACUGUCUAGCCAUUUGUAAUGUUUGUAUCCAAAUUGAUCCUUGAUUAAAACGUACACAGGCCGUGUGAGAGAAUAGAAAAGGAAAUGAGAAAACAGCUAUCAUGGACAAAGUGGAAACGAGAAAUGAGAAAAAUACAAUGCAAGAGGUUACGAUGAACAAAAGAAAAAAAUCAUUAGAAUGGAUUGUUUAACAUGACCCGUGUAUCAUAUAUCAUUUCAUCAUAAUAAUUGUAGCAAACAGAGAUGCAACGUUAUUUACAAAACUUGACAUGAUAAUACGUGUAUCACCGGUCAUUAUUCCAGUACAUUUCGCGUGUAAUUUAAUUUUGCCCAAUCCUAUUUCAAAUCGAGGAGCUUGCGAUAACAACGCUGUGUUGUUAAUUAUCCAGACAGUUAGACAUUUUCAGUUACAAUGUUAUUACUGUACAAUCACAUUGAUCUAUCUGGGUUAAUGUGAUUCGAUGUGUCUUUUGCGCAUCUGAUAUAUUCGCUGUUUUUAUAUAGGUAAAAAAAAUAUUGUUUUAAAUCGGGAUUACAUUGGCAAUAUGCCACGACGCGACACCACACAGAUUAAGCUAUGUGAAAAACAUUACCAAUACGAUAUAAUGACACUUACUAGCGUAUAUUGCCGGUAUAGUUUUCAGAAAUAAGCCAUGAAAAGCUUUAAUAUAAGUUAAGUUAUUCACUGUUGACAGUGAUACAAACAUUAGCGAAGUUAAUGUUCUGUUUCUAUUUGAGUUCAAGAUAUUGUAGUUUUUUGUUGUUAUUGUUAUUUUGAGUUAUCGAAAUCGGUUCAGUAUAUUCAGAUAUUACAAACAACUUCAAAAACUAGAUGUAAAUUUAAAAAUAGUAUUUUAAGUUAAUUAAUGCGUAUGUAGUAUGCACCGUUUCCCGGUUACUAAGCCUCGAUUACGCUAAUGCGAUUCAUCGAUAGUUUUGUUGGCUAUCCUUUUACGGCAUUCGCAGUCAAUUUGUGGUUUACCUUAUUGCGAUUUAUGUAUUGGUACGUCACUAUUCAUAAAUUAUUAUUUACCUAAUAAUAACCUAUUAACAAGAAAGGCAACAUAGUAUAUUGAGCACAUUGCAUACAAAUGAUCAAACUGGCUACAAUUCGACAGAAUAGGUCGUUGAUGCGCUGAACACAAAACAAUUAUACCUAUUACGAUGUUUAUUUAUUUAAUUAAGUGAACUCAUAAUUCAACAUUUGAAUCUGCAUGUCUGUGUCCAGUAAAACGCAAUAACGAUUCUCAAAGAGCCAUUCACUAACAUUUUAUAUUUAUUAAUUAUGUUUAUCCUAUGACAUUGUAAAGAUUAUUAUUAUAUUAUUAAAUAUUAUUAUUUGACAUAAGUACUCGUACCUGCACAGAUUGUAAUUUUUAACUUUUUCUAAUUUUAUUUUUUGAUUAAUCAUCUGCUAUUGAAUUAAUUUUUUUAUAUUUUGUCAAUAGUAUUUGUAAUAUAAAUUGUUGUAUGCCAGAAAUGGCUGAAUACAUUAGAUUGUAUGUGUUCUCAGCAAAAUAAAUGAAUUGAAUUGAAUUUUAUUGAACUCGAUU